ACGGCGAAUUUGAGUUUUGCUGCGCUGCCCAACCUCCGCCCAGCCACGAAGCCGGCCUCGGGCUCGUCGUCGAUUAGAAUCCCAUCCCCGUCCGUCUUCUCACGCAAAACCAGUGCCGCAAUCGCAUAAUAUAAGCAGUUAUCGCAAUGCCGGCCUACCACUCCACAUUUCUCGCUGAAGCUGAUACACGGCUGGUCGGCAACUUCGCCGUGCUUCCCCUUCGCACCAAGUUCCGCGGCCCGGCAUACCCGACCGCAGAGGACUACGACAUCAUCGACGAAGUCCUCGACCUUUUCCGCGCCAACUCCUUCUUCCGCAACUUUGAAAUCAAGGGCCCCGCCGACCGCACGUUGAUCUACGGCAUCCUCUUCAUCACAGACUGUCUCUCGGCCAUAUCAGCAAACAAGAACGUCGUCGUCGACCGCUCGGAAGCAAACCGCAUCCUCAACACCCUCGCGCUCGAGCAUUUCUCGAUCCCCGGCGACGCGGGGUUUCCGCUCAACAGUCUUUAUGCGCCGCCCAGAGAUCGAACAGAGGCGGAGAUGCUGAGAGGAUACCUGGCGCAGUUUAGACAGGAGUUGGCCGUCAGGUUGAUCGAUCGUGUGUACGGCAGCAGCGAUAAGCCCAGCAAGCGAAAGGCUCUGUUUUUGAAAAUCAGCCGAUUGUUAACUCGUUAUCUUAUAGUACUGGCUGGCAUUCACCCGUCGCCGUUUCAUGAACAAGUCGCUCUCGUAGACAACCCCUUCUGUCCAGAAGGAGAAAGUCAGAAGGAGAAAGUGAUAGAACGAGCACCGGCGGAUUUUGAUUUACUAAAGGAGUCCGAGUAG